AUGAAGUCCGUUCAAGAUUCCAUUGAUACUAUUAAAGCUCUUUCCGAAUCACUGCCUCCAGAGGAUGUGCUCAGAUUAAGCGAUAUUCGUCAUGAGGUGAUGACAGUCGGGGAGAUUUUCGGCAUUUUUGGAAGAGUGGCUCUUGAUAAAAAACAAACCUCAAAAACUGGAAGCAGCAAAACCGAGAAAAAAGUCGAGGUGGUCUCAAAAGAGAUGACUUUCGAGGAAAAACGCAAACUUUUCCAAGCCGAAUUCCCCAAUAAAGUGUCGCCGGAACGUCGUGCGAGAGCUCGAGAUAUUCUCAAUUCAAUCGCUCAGAAUUUGCAUGAAUAUCUUCCCAAUCCUGCGCUUUCGGCUUCUUCUGAUCCUCAAGUCACCGGCAACGGAAGCAUCGAUCUGAAGAGCACACCUGUGAGCUCUACAGCACCAUCAACCGAGUUUCUUCCAUCGGUAGAUAAUCGAAAUACUUCCUUUUUCUCCUUAGAGCACAUUUUCCCAGAGGUUCGCUUGGUUGGAGAUGGCAAACCAAUGCCACCAACACGUGUCCCGGUCCAGCCACAGCUUUUGACUUCACGCUCCUGGCCGAGCAGUACGGAUUCUGAAGAAUCGAUUCUGGCGUUGACGGCUCCAAGAGUGAAGUCAUCAGUUUUUGAGAAUGUUCCCCAAGAAGUCAACUCUCGCUUUAAUGGAACCUUCAAAUUCGGAAACCAUGACAACUUUUCGAAAAUGUCCUACGACGCUGCCUACUCGAAUGACACUCAAUCGGAAUCUGUCAAUACGGUUUACGAGGGUACUGUAGGCACUCCGUUGAUGUACGAUUCCGAAUUGGGUACCCCGUUGCUCACGUGUGUUGAAUAG